UUCUCACUGAAUCACAGCUGAGUACCCAAGGGGAGCUCUCUCGGCAGAGUCUUGCAGAGGGACUCACAAUCACCUGGAAGGAAAACUCUGAGAGAACCCCAGAAAGAAACUGACAAUGGACCUGAUUCCAAACUUCUCCAUGGGAACAUGGUUGUUUUUGGCUCUCAGCCUGGUGCUCUUGUAUAUCUAUGGGUCCUAUUCACAUGGAUUCUUUAAGAAGCUGGGAAUUCCUGGGCCAACACCUCUGCCUUUCUUUGGAACUAUGUUGGAAUACUCAAAGGGUGUGUGGAAAUUUGACAUAGAGUGCCAUAAAAAGUAUGGAAAAAUGUGGGGGUUGUUUGAUGGUAAUCAGCCUCUGUUGGCUAUCACAGACCCAGAAAUAAUUAAAACAGUGCUUGUGAAAGAAUGCUAUUCUACCUUCACAAACCGACGGUCUUUUGGUCCAAUGGGUUUUAUGCGAAAAGCCAUUUCUUUAGCUGAGGAUGAAGAAUGGAAGAGAAUACGAACAACAAUGUCUCCAACUUUCACAAGUGGAAAACUCAAGGAGAUGUUCCCCAUCAUUGAACAAUAUGGAGAUGUGUUGGUGAAGAACCUUCGGCAGGCAGCAGAGAAAGGCACACCUAUCGCCAUAAAAGAGAUCUUAGGGGCCUACAGCAUGGAUGUGAUCACUGGUACAUCAUUUGGAGUGAACAUUGAUUCCCUCAACAACCCACAAAGUUCCUUUGUGGAAAAAGCCAAAAAGCUUGUAAGAUUUGAUUUUUUGGAUCCAUUUUUUCUUUCAGUAGCACUCUUCAAAUUCCUUACUCCACUAUAUGAAUGGCUAAAUAUCACCAUUUUCCCAUAUGACUCUUUAAUAUUUUUCAAAGACUUUGUACUAAGGACAAAGAAAAAUCGUGUUGAAGCUAACCAGAAGGAUCGAAUGGAUUUUCUUCAGCGAAUGAUAGACUCCCAGAAGUCCAAAGACUCAGAGACCAAUAAAGCUAUGUCUGAUCUGGAGAUUGCAGCUCAAUCAAUUAUCUUUAUUUUUGCUGGCUAUGAAGCCACUAGCAAUGCUCUUUCUUUCAUUAUGUAUGAAUUGGCGACUCACCCUGAUGUGCUGAAGAAACUGCAGCAGGAGAUUGAUGAAGCUUUGCCCAAUAAGGCACUUCCCACCUUUGAUGACCUGGUACAGAUGGAGUACCUGGACAUGGUGGUGAAUGAAACUCUCAGAUUAUAUCCAAUUGCUAACAGACUUGAGAGAGUCUGUAAGAAAGAUGUUCAAGUCAAUGGAGUGCUUAUUCCCAAAGGGACAGUGGUGAUGAUACCAACCUUUGCUCUUCAUUUGGACCCAGAACACUGGCCAGAGCCUGAGGAGUUUCGUCCUGAAAGAUUCAGUAAGAAGAACAAGGACCUCAUCAACCCUUACAUAUACUUGCCCUUUGGGAAUGGGCCAAGGAACUGCAUUGGCAUGAGGUUUGCUCUUAUGAAUAUCAAACUUGCUGUCAUCAGAAUCCUGCAGAACUUUACCUUGCAACCUUGUGAGGAAACACAGAUCCCCAUGAAAAUAAACAACUCUGCCCUUGUUCAACCAGAAAAGCCCAUUGUUCUGAAGGUUAUGCCAAGAGAUGCUACCAUAAGUGGAGCCUGAUCUUGCUGUGGGAUUUCAGCUAUGUUCUUCAAGGAGACUAUGUCCCCAAACAUCAGAGAUUAAUUUGCCUUUGAAUAAAAUUUAGAUGAAUAUAGGCUUAGGUUAUUAUCCUUG